GUUGGCGUAACAGGGAGAUGAUGAUGCGUCGCCGCUUCACUAGAGGUGAACUUUGUUAGCCAGAUGCUAACAGUCGCAGCAGCACAGCAAGUGGCGCUUACUAACAUCAGUCACUGCUGUAUGACAGAUAUAAAUGCGGUUCAAUUUUCUUUCUAAAGGAAACAUCUUUUAAGGACUCGACCAACGCCAGGACAUCACCAGCGUUACAUAUUAUUAUAGAGGAGAGCCGUCAUUAAAGUUUAAUAAGUUACUAGAGUGAGCUAACACUGACGUUAGCUAGCUGCCGAGCAUUGCCAGAAAGUUCUGUAUUGAGCCAAGUGUUUGCUCUCAUUAGACUCUAAAGAGACCUUCACAGAUCAGACUGCCACAGCAAAUAACAAAAAACAUGGGCUUCCUGGAGCUGGCAGGUGUGACCAUCACCUUCAUCGGCCCUUAACACACUUCAAAGUCAGUAACGUUGGCUGACAUUAUCCAGCUUCAAAACGGCAGCACCAGGGGAGAAGCUGGACUCAGCAUCCAGGUCAAAGAUGGAGUUAGCAGCGGCUCACCCAGCUCUCAAAGCCUUUAUGUGUGGCUCUCUCAGUGGCACCUGCUCUACACUGCUCUUCCAGCCUUUGGAUCUGGUCAAGACAAGGCUGCAGACCCUGCAGAACAGUGCCAAGCCAGGAGCACCAAAGGUGGGGAUGUUUGCCGUUUUUAUCAACGUCAUUAGGACCGAGAAUUUCUUCAGUCUGUGGAAGGGAGUUUCACCAUCGUUUGUGCGCUGCAUCCCCGGGGUGGGCAUCUACUUCAGCACCUUCUACUCCCUGAAGCAGCACUACUUCCAGGAGCGGGCACCCAACGCUGGCGAGGCUGUUUUGCUUGGAGCGGGUGCCAGAACUGUGGCUGGCAUCUGCAUGCUGCCGUUCACCGUCAUCAAGACACGAUUUGAGAGUGGCUGUUACAACUAUGUGAGUGUGGUGGGGGCUCUGAGGAGUGUGUAUGAGACGGAGGGGGUCAGGGCGCUGUUCUCAGGGCUGACUGCCACGCUGCUCCGAGACGCUCCGUUCUCUGGCAUCUACGUCAUGUUCUACAGCCAGGCCAAGAAGUCGCUGCCUCAAGAGGUGACUUCCUCAGUCUACGUCCCUCUGGUGAACUUCGGCUGUGGGGUGGUGGCAGGUGUCAUGGCGUCUUUGGCCACGCAACCAGCAGACGUGGUGAAGACCCAUAUUCAAGUCAGCCCAUCCCACUGGAGCACGACAGACGCUAUCCACUACAUAUACACGGAGCACGGCAUGAGAGGUUUUUUUCGUGGGGCUGUACCCAGAUCUCUGCGACGCACCCUGAUGGCUGCUAUGGCUUGGACUGUCUACGAACAGCUGAUGGCUCGAAUGGGCCUCAAAUCCUGAAGAGCAUCAGUGUUGGGCCACAAUAAAACAGGAUAGAAUUUGAACGGAUAAUAAUGAAAUUCAUUAUUGUCUGACUGAAAGCCUUGUGAAGGCAGAGAAGGGAGCCGAGGAGCUUGUAGAGACGAUGAACCAGCACUACCAAGAUUUCUAGAAGAGGAACCAGGUGAAUAAAUAUGGCAGAGUAAGAAUGGUGUGUGUGUGUGUGUGUGUGUGUGCGUGUGCACGUGCGCAUGCGUGUGCGUGUGUAUUUGUUGAUAUUUAAAUGUUUGUGAAAAUGUGCCUGUUUGUGUCUGUUAAGUUCAAGAUUGUGAUGUUUCACCUGACACUUUUAAUGUCAAUCUUGGACUGAGGUGACACUCCCUGCUGUGAAGUGAACUUAUUCCUCCUCUCACUAUUUAUAUUUGGACUCGCUGAAGUCUGGCUGCCACAAAAAAUGCCAUUUACAGAGUGCCUGUGACUGUGAAGGUAUUUUAAAAAUGCUGUCAGGACAAACAGGAUCAGCGAGCCUGUGUACCGUUCAUCUGCUGAGGUACCCAAAAGCGAAGCACUGCAGAGAGAUUCGCCCUGCAAUAUCUACGAUAACUUGCAUUAGAUUGAGCAAUGUUUCUUACUUGCCAAUUUCCAGGAAGACUUAAAUCUUUAAUUUCUUGUUGGGCUCAGACAAUCACUAGUAUUCACACUGAAUUAUGGGAACAAAUCACAAUAAAGCCUUUAUUACCAUACUGCUCAAAACUAUGCUAAUUUAAAGUUUAUACACAAGUGUUAACACAUUCUCAGACCUGUAAUGGCAUUUCAGUCUGAUCUGGAUUUUGUGUUGUUUUUUUUAAUGGGUUUUGUAAUUAAAAUGCUUAAUAUUUUUUUAGGAUAAAAAAACCAGCAAUGCUAUUUGAAUCAUUUCCUGUGUUUAAGUAAGUGUUUUCUUAAUUUAACUUUUUUCCCCUACACAUUUAAUGGAUAGUUCUGAUUUUUUGAAGUGGGGUUGUAUGAGGUACCUAUUCAUUGUCAAUGUAUUACUACAGUAGAUGGCGGUCGUCACAUCUCCAGUUUAGAGAAGCAGGCAGGUUUCCCAACCAAACUUUUUGAAACACCAUAGUCACACAAUAACACAAACUAACUGAUCAAGGCUGCAGUGAACCAGCAACCUCCGAGUGCUGCAAGAUAAAAUGACAAUGGAGUCUGGUUGCCUUGAGGAGAGCGAAGAUAAAUGCUUCAGUUUCACAUCAGAAAAGGUUUUCUGAUGGCAAGAUAAAGUGAUGAAAUCUUCUGAAUAUAGUGUACACUGAAACUGUUAUUGAUUUUUUUUUUCUAAAGUUGGUACUCCUGCCUGCUUCUCCAAACUGGGGGCAUGCCGACCACCAUCUACUGUAGGUAACACUGACUAUGAAUAAAUACUUCAUACAAGCUCACUUUAAUAAAUCGGAACUCUUUAAAUACAUUACAAUCUUUACUUUUGAUUUUGUUGGAGUCAGUUACCUCCUGUGAGCAUAUUACCAGACCAUUAAGCCAACAGAUGUCACUGGUUAAAUCAUUGUGCUACUGUGUUCAUAAAACUUAUACAGAAUCCUUAUCAGCGCUGGAGAGAUGUGACAGAAAUUUACAUUUGCAGCGUCUUCCUGGCUUUGUGAAUAUUUGACUUAAUGCACAAUUAUUGGUUGUAACAAAAGAAGCCCAUAUUUUUAUGUUUAUUGUACAGUCUGCCCUUCGCUAUAAAUAUUAUUUAUUAUUGUUGAUAUAAAAAAAAUAGGUCAUAUAUUGAAAAUGUUUAUAGAUAUAAUGCCAAAUGGAAGAUGUUUUUAGUGAGGGAAAUUGAAAGACCUAAUUGUCUGAACAAAAAAAGAUCAUUACACACCCAAAGUGUAAACAUACUGAGGAUGUGUAAUGUGACAGUGAAGGUCAUGUAGCAGAAAGACAAAAUUUAUUGACAGGAAUAGGUUUCAGUGUUUGCUGUGUAACACAAACCGUAUCUAAAUGUACCAUAGUUCCCAUAUGGAAGUUUAACCUCGUCAACCUCGCCUUCAUCAUCACACCACUCCUCUCCUGUCGCCUUUGUUACUCCUCUGAUGUGACUAUGUUUUGUUUACAGUCAUUGUUAUUUAGAUAUUUUGUCUGUGCAUGUGUUUGCUCAGACGGACUCUGUGUCUGUGCCUGCCUGGUUUUUAAGUCAAUAAAUUUUCCUUUUUUUAAAGACUAA